AUAUGAUUUGGACCAAUCAUUGCACGACAUUUGUAGUGGCUCUCUUUAUUGUAAAAGUGUUAUGUGUAACUAUGACAUCAAAAAAAUAUAUUACCAUUUGUAGUUUUAAGACUGCAUAUAUCGAAAUUAAGCAAUGUAUUAAGUAUGCUUGAAUGAUCUAAUAAAAUGGAAUUGCCUUAAAUAAUGAAAGAAAUUAGUCUCAAGGCAAACGAAAUAAGGUAAAGGGUAUUUAAAUAUUAGACGAAUCUGUGUAAACCAUUCAAUGCAACCCUGUUCGUAGCAAAGAAACAUGUCUGAGAGAACAGUUGGAUGAAUAUUAACCACCGUACAUUGUGUAUUAUUUUGCAGUUGAGUGUUAGUUGGAACUGUUUCAAUUUGUUUCAAUCAUUGUCGCGAAUAUCUAGUAAUAAAAGGAGUUCUGCAAUUUUUGGAAGUUGUCUAUUAAUUGUAUUAACCGCAUCAUAAAAUAACAAAAAAUUCUUCAAGUGGAUUACUGCACUAUAAAAUGAAGUAUUUAUUGUUGUUGGCCUUGCUUCUUUUAGCAGGUGUAGGAGAGAUUGUAGCAGAUGAAAGCACAGAAGAUGUAGAAACUAUUGAUUUGGAUUUAGGUUCUUUCAAGGAAGGUUCCAGAACAGAUGCUGAAGCUCUCAAGCGUGAGGAAGAGGCCAUAAAGUUGGAUGGUUUGAGUGUUGCACAGAUGAAGGAGGUCCGAGAGAAGGCGGAAAAAUUUACAUUCCAGACGGAGGUAAAUCGCAUGAUGAAACUCAUUAUAAACUCACUGUACCGAAACAAGGAAAUAUUCUUGCGAGAAUUGAUUUCCAAUGCCUCUGAUGCUAUCGAUAAAAUACGCUUACUUGCCCUCACGAACAAGGGUGAAUUGGAUACUAAUCCAGAAUUGAAUAUACGCAUUAAGGCUGAUAAAGAAAAUAAAAUUUUACAUAUUAUGGAUUCUGGUAUUGGUAUGACUCAUCAAGACCUGAUCAACAAUUUAGGUACAAUCGCUAAAUCGGGCACUGCCGAUUUCUUAUCUAAAAUGCAAGAUACCACGAAAACAGAAUCUGGCCAAGACCUCAAUGACAUGAUUGGACAAUUUGGUGUUGGUUUCUACUCUGCUUUCUUGGUUGCCGAUCGUGUAGUCGUUACUACAAAGCAUAACGCUGAUAAACAAUACAUUUGGGAAUCGGAUGCUAACAGUUUCAGUAUUGUUGAAGACCCUCGUGGUGACACCCUUAAACGAGGUUCUAUUAUUUCGUUGCAUUUGAAGGAGGAAGCCCAAGAUUUCCUUGAGGAGGAUACUGUACGCGAAUUAAUCCGAAAAUAUUCUCAAUUCAUAAAUUUUCCGAUUUUAAUGUGGUCAAGUAAAACUCUUGAGGAAGAUGUGCCAAUCGAAGACGAUUCCACAACUGAGGAGCCGGAGAAGGCUGAAGACAAUUUAGAAGAUAGCGAUGAUGACGCUAAGGUGGAGGAAGAAUCCGAAAACGCCGACAAGCCUAAGACAAAGAAAGUAUCCAAGACUGUUUGGGACUGGCAACUAAUCAACGACAGUAAACCUAUUUGGACUCGAAAACCAGCCGAUGUCACUGAGGAUGAAUACACAGAGUUUUAUAAAACACUUACCAAAGACAGCAGCGAACCUCUAACACACACGCAUUUUGUUGCUGAAGGAGAAGUUACUUUCAAGAGCUUAUUAUACAUUCCAAAAGUACAGCCAUCAGAAUCUUUCAAUCGUUAUGGCACCAAAGCUGAUAAUAUAAAAUUAUAUGUACGUCGUGUUUUUAUAACCGACGAAUUUAAUGAUAUGAUGCCCAAUUACUUGAACUUCAUUCGUGGUGUUGUUGAUUCCGACGAUCUGCCUUUGAACGUUUCGCGUGAAACACUUCAGCAGCAUAAAUUAAUUAAGGUUAUAAAGAAGAAGUUGGUUCGCAAGGUUCUAGACAUGAUUAAAAAGAUCGAUAAGGACAACUACAGCAAACUCUGGAAAGAAUACUCAACCAACAUUAAACUCGGUAUCAUGGAAGACCCCAGUAAUCGUUCUCGGCUCGCCAAACUUUUGCGAUUCCAAUCAUCCAAUGGAAAAGAUCUCACAUCGCUGGCGGAAUAUGUUGAACGUAUGAAGGCCAAACAAGAACAUAUAUUCUUUAUUGCAGGUGCUAACCGUGCCGAAGUCGAAAAAUCACCUUUUGUCGAACGCCUGUUAAGCAAGGGCUAUGAAGUCCUUUACCUUGUUGAGGCUGUUGAUGAAUACUGCAUUUCUGCUCUUCCUGAAUUCGAUGGUAAGAAAUUCCAAAAUGUUGCCAAGGAAGGAUUUAAAUUAAACGAGUCCGAGAAGAGCAAAUCCAGAUUUGAAGAACUUAAAUCAACAUUUGAACCACUCGUGAAAUGGUUGAAUGAAGUGGCACUUAAGGAUAAAAUUUUGAAGGCACAAGUUUCAGAGCGCCUUAGUAACUCACCAUGUGCACUCGUUGCUGGAAUGUUCGGUUGGACUGGUAACAUGGAAAGAUUGGCUUUGUCCAAUGCACACCAAAAGUCAGAUGAUCCACAGCGUAGCUACUACUUGAAUCAGAAAAAAACAUUAGAAAUAAAUCCCCGUCAUCCACUUAUUCGUGAACUCCUGCGCCGCGUCGAAGCUGAUGAGGCCGACAAUACAGCGAAGGACAUGGCUGUAAUGAUGUUCCGCACGGCCACUUUGCGUUCAGGCUUUAUGCUGCAAGAGACAUCGGAUUUUGCAGACACCAUCGAAAAAAUGAUGCGCCAAUCUCUGGGAGUACCAUUAGAUGAACAAAUCGAGUUGGAUGAGGAUGAUGAGGAUAUUGCUGCCGAUACUGGAAACGAUGAGGAAAAUGACAAUACAUUCGAAAACAAAGACAGCGAGGAUGAUGACGUUCACGAUGAACUCUAAAUUAGGGCAUUUUAAGUUUAGGUCUUUAGAUAAAAUUAUAAACUUUUUUUUAUAAAUAGUAGACUGAUUUUUUCCAGUUUGAUCCCGUUCUUCAUUUCGCCUGCAUUGCAUGUAUAUUUCUGCAUCAUACUCUGAAAUUAUAUUUUAUUUAGUGAUCGAAAUAAGAAGGGCAAGGCAAAGUCGCUACUCACAAGGUAAUAUUAUAUACUAUCUCAGAAAGCGAUUAAUACAUUUCCACAAAGCGCAUUUUUAGUGCUCAAUUUUGGUAUCUACAUACCUACAUAAAUUUCUUAAAAUGAUGGAAAAUAUUUUCUACUUGUAAUCUAGAAUUAAAAUAAAAAACAAAUUCAAAUAAAAUAUUUUGUUCUAAAAAA